CGUUGAGUUCGCAUGUAAUGUCGGAGAUUGCAGUUUCCAGUUCCGCAUUUGAUUUUUGAGAAACUUUAUUGAGCAAAUCAACAAAAAGUGGAACAAGAAAAAUGUUUGUUUAGAAAAAUUCAUUCGCAUUAACAAAGCAUCGUCAUAUUUCAAUUAAACAAUUCAAAAGAGAACAUAUAAGUGCCGUUAGAGGAAUGCAGAGAUACAGUAUGUGCGCGAAAAUCUUACUCAAAAUCAAAUCAUCGUUACUUAUUGUGCGUUUAAGUGGUCAAACCACAACUAUCGAAUUUUGGAAGUGAGCCUUAAUAAAAGUAUAAACUUUAACAUAAACUGAUUUUUUUUUAAUUAUUUACAACAACAGCACAAAAAUAACCCGUGACAAUGUGGCUUGCGAAGCACUCGUUACGACAGCAUUUCAUGCAAAAACAAUUACAAGACGGACACGCGGCCAAAGCUAAAAGCUGUGCAGUGGAUAAUGGGCAGCAUGUGAGCAGUUAAAGCAAGAAAUUUGCAACUAGAAUAACCAACUAUUGUGAAGAGGCGAUAAAAAAAUAUUGAAAAUCGUAAUUUUUCUUAAACAAUAAUUUUUAUAAAUAAUCGAAAAAAGAAUCAUUAACGCCUGAGUAAACAUUAUAUAACUGUACGGUUUGCAAGCGAAAAACUGCGCAGCCAGUUAGGGUGCCAGUAAGUGAGACUGAGAGAGAGAGAGAGAGACAGACCCAGAGAGCGAGCGGAUGAGAGUGAGUUAAAUUAAUAACUGAUAAAAAUAACGGUAAAUAAAAAACGUGAAUUGUUGUUGCCACACUUCGCCUGCAACUACGUCCGUGUAUUCUGUGCGUCUUUUGUAGAGUUGCUACUAACUCUCCCACGGGCGGACGCCAUGUAUGCGCGAGUAUUGCGCAAAUGGAGUCUACACACGAAACCGCAAAUGUCCAUCAUCAUGUGGCGGCUACUGCUGCUCACCCUGUUGCUGCUCUGUCUGUGCGCAUCGUCGGUCACAUGCAACACCACCACCAUCAACAGCAUCACCAACACCAACACGAACACCAACAGCUUGCGUCUGAGUCGGCGGAGUACAGCACCUGUACCUGCGCCUGCAAUUGCCUCCGCGUACAUACCGCCUGCGACUGCCAAUGCACCAGUAACAACAGCAGUAAUGUCAACAGACAGAGUAAGCGCAGCAGCAGCAGGAGUAGCAGCAGCAGGAAUAGCAGCAGCAGGAGUAGCAGCACCAUUACAGCAUCCUUCAUCACCACUGCCACUCAGCCUUUCAGCAGCACCAGCGUCAACAGCAGCAGCAGCAACUGUUGGCGACAUCAUCGAAGAAAGCUAUUACAUACCAGUCGAUGGCGACGACACAGAUAGCAACAUUUAUGAAAGUCGUCUGGUGCGAGCGCUGGACGUCGGCAGUGUGUUGGGGGGUGGUAGUAGCGGAAGCGAAGGUGUACUGGGGGCGGCAGCAUUAGGCGUCAGCAAUAAGAAUAGUUGGCGCAUUAGCAAUAGUUAUAGCAGUGGCAGCAGCAGCAGCGAUAGAUUAUUUAGUAGUAGUAGUAACGUAGUGAGUGGCAGCAGUAAAAGUGGGAGACAACAACAGCAAGUGCAACAGCGGGAAAAAGAACAGCAAGAUAGGCAAGCGUCUGCAAUUUAUGCAGACAACAUGGCGUAUGCAUAUUAUCGGCGCACGGCGCCACCAACACUUCACAUUUCACCUAAAUUAACACAAACAUCCACAGAAACAAAACCCACAAAAACAUCAACAACACCGACGAUAAAUGCAGCGCCAGAAACAGUAUUUAGUCCACGAUUCAGUGUGCAACAUGUUGCAAACGAUGAAAAUGUUGCAGUCGAUGAUGAUGACGAGCAUGAAGAGGAAGAGCGGGCGGAGGAUGAGGACGAAGAAGAAGAGUUGGUUGGCGUAGACGAUGCCGACGCCAAUGCUGACGUCGAUGCCGACGCGGAGCAUGAGGAUGAUACCGAUAAUGGGCAUACACAACAACAGAAAGUUCCAAAUACAAAAAAUAGUCACAUAAUUAAUUUAUUUAAAGCAUAUACACAUAACAACAACAACUACAAUAAUCGUUACUACAAAUCGAAUAUAAUCAAUAAGCCACAACAACAACCCUAUGCUGCAGGGAAUACACAGCAGCAGCAGCAACAGCAACAACCAGUGUUCACUCACAGUGCCGAGGCAGUCGUACAACAGCAUGCGACAGGCAGACGUAGCACGAAGGCACGUCGACAUGUCUUCGACGAGCAGCGCCAACAUCGACUCUCGCUGCAGCAGCAGCAACCACAUCGAAUGGCGUUACAUCAUGUUGCGGGGGCACCUCCUACGCCGUCGUCGUCCAGCAGCACGCCGCUGCCCAUCUCCCAUUAUCCCACCAAGAAAGUGUUCCAACUGGUCAAUGGCAAGAAUUUGACGCGAAUUGUGCACCUUUUGCCGCCUACACAUUACCGCAUUGCGGCCUACGAAAUACCCUCGUCGCUGCCCUAUCGAGGCGAACUGACCGAGCAGCAGCAGCGCAUGCUGCAACAUCAGCGGGAGCAGCUGCAACAAGAUCAAGCGGCGCGUUCACGUCGCGACUCGCGCCUCUUUGGCAUAGCGCAGGCCACUGGCUACUACAGUAUACAACAGCAAUCGCCGCACGUUUCUGCGUUAGGGCAACAAUCGAGCGCACAACAACAAUUUCAGCGUCUGCAGCAGAGUAACACCGCAGGCAAUAGCGGCAGUUGGCAGCAAAUAAGUGGCAGCAUAUUUCAACGGCAGCCGUUGUAUCAACAGCAGCAGCAGCAGCUGCAUCAGCGCCAACAACAACAUCAACACAUGCAUAAUCACCAACACAGCGUCAGCGAUGGCAGUUUUGGCAGCAACAGCAAUCAACGCGCAUCGUACAAUCACAAUCACAAACACAAAAGCAACAGUAACAACUACAACAAGCACAAUCAGCGUCAACGUCAGCACAAGCGACCGCGUCGCUAUUGCUCGGCGCGCGAUCCCGCUCAGCUGGCAUUCGAAGCGCCCAUUGUUUUCGAGGGCAAAAUCACAUCGAUGUCACCCGAUCGGCGUCACAAUUUUGCCGCCACGGUACAGGUGUUGAACGCCUACAAGCAACAGAUCGGUUAUCAGGUGAAGCGCGAACAAUUCGUGCGACUGCAGUUUGCAUACAUUAACAGCAGCGGCGAAUGUGAUAUCUAUCGCGAACAGUUACGACCACGCGGUGUGAUGCGCGGCGACGAAUUGGAACUGCAGCGCACCUAUCUAUUCUUCGUGCAGCAAAUCGAUAUGCGCAACUUCACCAUUCUCGGACAGCCGAUAAGGAAGACGCGAAGAGUUGUCGAAGCGGUAAAAGAUGCAGUGAGCGAAAAUUAUGCACAGCUCGCAUCAAUACGUACUAUAACCACAAAUCGGACAAUGGAAAUCGGUAAAGAGUUGCACAUUGUUUGCAAAGUACAAGGACGGCCACCACCCAAGGUCACCUGGUUCAAGGAUGGCAAAUCGAUUAAUCGUAAUCGUAAAUUGUACAAAUUUCGUCAUUUCAAAAAGCGUUCUGAACUGAUCAUACGUUCGUUUAACAUUUCCGAUACGGGGCGCUAUGAGUGUCGCGCUAAAAAUAAAAUCAAUCAGGAGCCAGAUCGACGCACCAUUUUAAUUAAAGCGGAUCCAGAGCCGCGUUAUCCAACAAGUUUAACGGGUGGAACUGGCAAUGUUUGUCCCGAUGAUGCUGCUGAAUUUUGUCUAAAUGGUGGCACUUGUAAUUUCUUUUCGGAAAUCGGAUCGUAUUCUUGCAUAUGUCCGGAAGGAUUCAUGGGCGAACGCUGCGACCGCAAGGAAGUCAAUAAUAUAUCUCCCAAUAUUACCUUCAAAGUGGGUUACAUUGCCGACGAUCCUAACUCGUACACGGAAACACUGCCAUUGAACAGACCUAACGACGAAGCGCAGAAGCUGGAGAGGAAUAGAGAUCAAUAGGAUUGUGCUCGUACUCAAAGCUAUCCAAAACUUUAGAAAACUAUCAGAACUUUUGUGUUCUAAAUAGUACCCAAGGAACUUGCAAAGUAGGGGAAAUUGAGAGGGCAAAUUGUCAUUGAGAGCUGCAAACUUCUGCUGGAAAAAUUUUUACUUGAGAGCUGCAAAAUUUCUUGCGAAAACUUGCAAGUAGGAAAACCAGCUGAUCACAAACAUACGUUCGCGAAAACAAACAAAAGGAAAUAUGGGCUUUGUGAAUUAUUUAUUGAAAAUUUUAUAAAUUUUAUAGUAAGGUACAACAUCUUUUAGUUUUCCAAUUUUCUUAUUUUAGUGUGUAUUUAAUGGUUGCCCUAUGGAAUUUUUUGUACCAUAUUUUUAGCUAAAAUACACAAAAAUAGGUAAAAGUGCAGCUAGCUGAAAUUUGUUUGGCCGAGUUUGUCACUUUUUAGUAGAUUGAUUGUUGGAAUGGAAAUUUUAUAAUAUUAAAGGUAAAAUUGUUGCUACAUAUAACAAGGACGGGUGCUUGGUUGAGAUUCUCUUAUUUUUGAGGGCAUCGUGAUGUGGUAUCACAAGCAAUUUUGAGAAAAAUAACUUAUUAAUUCCCAUAUAAUUCAUUUACGUGUUAAAAAUGUUUUUCCUAUCCAAAAGUAUUCAAUUGUAAAAAAUAAGAAAAUAAAUGGCCAAAUGGCAACAGGGGAAGUGAUCAGCUCUUUUGAAUUUUGCUCUCUCGCACUUCUGUGGAUAUUUUUUCUCUUUGAGAUCGAAUGCUGGUAAAUUCUCAGAAUUAUCGCUGCUGCAUAAUUUGGUCUGGAGUUUGCGAGUUACACACCUAAUGUUGAAAUUGCAUUGAUUCACAUUUAUUAACUAAAAAAUUCGUAGUAUGCUAAAUACGUUUUCAACAGCAGAACAUAAAUAUAUGCGAUAAAAAAAAUAUGCCGCUUUUAAUAAAAAUAAAAAAAAUAAAUAAACAUUUUAAUAAAUUUAUAAAGACGCUUUGCUUCAAACAGUAUACAUAUAUUUAAUACAAAGAAAUGCCUUCAAACAGAAUUAUAAAGAUUUGGCAUUCAUAAAGACACUAAACAAUAAAUGUACGGCAGUUGUGUACAACAGCGAAUAAUAUUUGUGAUUAAAGUUUAUUAUUAAUUCAAAUUUGUAAGUGCUUUUAAGAACACUAAGUGAUUCCAGCCAUUAAUUAUAAGAUAGUUAUGUAUUUAAAUCAUUAACUAUAGUUUUUAGUAAUACUUUUUUGUA